GCGCCGUGCACGCCCGCGCACCCAUGGCCGGGAAGGCGCUGUCGCUGCUGCCGCCGCUGCUGCUGGCCGCCGCCGGCCUCGCCGGCCUCCUGCUGCUGUGCGUCCCCACCCGCGAUAUCCGGGAGCCGCCCGCCCUCAAGUAUGGCAUCGUCCUGGACGCGGGCUCUUCCCACACGUCCAUGUUCAUCUACAAGUGGCCGGCGGACAAAGAGAACGACACAGGGAUCGUGGGCCAGCACAGCUCCUGUGACGUGCGAGGUGGGGGCAUCUCUAGCUAUGCUGACAACCCUUCUGGGGCCGGGCAGAGCCUUGUGGAAUGCCUGAACCAGGCGCUUCGGGACGUGCCCAAGGAGAGACAUGCGGGCACGCCGCUCUACCUGGGAGCCACGGCGGGCAUGCGCCUGCUCAACCUGACCAGUCCAGAGGCUUCAGCCAACGUGCUCGCUGCCGUGACGCAGACGCUGACCCAGUACCCCUUUGACUUCCGUGGUGCCCGCAUCCUCUCAGGCCAGGAUGAGGGUGUGUUUGGCUGGGUGACCAUCAACUACUUGCUGGAAAACUUCAUCAAGUACGGCUGGGUGGGCCGGUGGUUCCGGCCAAGGAAGGGGACGCUGGGGGCCAUGGACCUGGGGGGCGCCUCCACACAGAUCACCUUUGAGACGGCCAGCCCCACGGAGGAUCCGGCCAACGAGGUCCAGCUCCGGCUCUACGGCCAGCGCUACCGAGUGUACACGCAUAGCUUCCUCUGCUACGGCCGUGACCAGGUCCUGCGGAGGCUGCUGGCCAGUGCAGUCCAGACCCGUGGGCCCCACCCCUGCUGGCCGCAGGGCUACUCCACCCACGUGAUGCUCCGGGACGUCUAUGAGUCGCCCUGCACCGCCACCCAGCGGCCCCAGGCCUUCAACAGGAGUGCCAGGGUCAGCCUGGCAGGCAGCAGCAACCCUGCCCUGUGCCGCGGCCUCGUCUCCCAGCUCUUUAACUCCUCCUCCUGCCGCUUCUCCAGAUGCUCCUUCAACGGCAUCUUCCAGCCCCCUGUGGCUGGGAAGUUUAUAGCCUUCUCUGCUUUCUUCUACACGGUGGACUUCCUGAGAACGGUGAUGGGGCUGCCCGUAGCAACUCUGCAGCAACUAGAGGCAGCUGUGGUCACCGUCUGUAGCCAGACAUGGAGUGAGCUGCAGGCUCGGGCGCCAGACGACCGGGCCCGCCUGCCCGACUACUGUGCCGGGGCCAUGUUCGUGCAGCAGCUGCUGAGCCGCGGAUACGGCUUCGACGAGCGCUCCUUCGGAGACUUGACCUUCCAGAAAAAGGCGGGGGACACUGCGGUCGGCUGGGCGCUUGGCUACAUGCUGAACCUGACCAACCUGAUCCCCGCUGACCCGCCUGGGCUGCGCAAAGGCACAGACUUCAGCUCCUGGGUCGUCCUCCUCCUCCUCUUCGCCGCCAUGCUCCUGGCCGCGUUUGCCCUCCUGCUGCAGCAGGCGCGCUCCACCAAGUCGGCGAGCACCAUCUAGGGGCCCCCAGCGCCAAGCCCCCCAUCUCUAUAUCCCCUCAUCCCUCACCCCACCCCGCCACCAACGUCUCUGCCCUAAUGCAGCCCAGAAUCAAGGCAGUGCCGACACCGGCAUCCGGUCAGGAUGGGCAAAGGGAACCCAGCCCCCCCAACUCCAGCCUUGGUCUCACCCCGAGGCCUCCUGCUCCCCCUCUUACUGAGGCUGUGAGAGCAGAGUCUGGUCCCCGGGAGUGGAGUUCUGAGGACGCCUCCCACCCCAGGAUUGGGUAUUAGGGGGAGGGUCAGGGUCACAGCCCAGGGCCUACUUGUACACAUUUUUUAAUAUUGAA